AUGGAGGCGGACUUCUUCAACGUCAAGACGGUCGAGGCGGGCUGGUGGCGCCCCACUCAGGUUGGUGAGCUGGUGCUGUCGGCCCUGUCAGCGGAUGAGGUGACGAAAACAGAUCUGGAGGUCAGCAAUAAAGGAAGGGAGGCGUUCAUCCUCCACGGGGUGCUCACCCCCGCCGAGUGCCGACACAUGGUCGAGCGGACGGAGCGCGAGGGCUACGAGCCCAUGCGCGAGUUCACUACCGCCUCACGCAGUAACACGAGGCUCAUGAUCGACGACCGUGAACUGGCUGAUGCCAUCUGGCCCCGCGUCAAGGCCCUGGUGCCGGAAGUGGCCAUCAAGAGUGGUCAGACCUGGAGCGUGGUCGGGCUCAACCACCGCUGGCGCUUCUGCAGGCAUCGUCGCCAUCUCACCGUCGUGUACACUCCUGGCCAACACUGUGAACCGCAUGUGGAUGCGGCGUACAAGCCGUCGUCCAGUGAGCGGAGUCUCUUCACGUUCAUGCUCUACCUCAACGAGGGCUUUGGCGGCGGCGCCACGGUGUUCCUCGAGGGAGAGAGGCAUGCAGUCACACCGCUCACAGGCAUGGCGCUGGUGUUUGAGCACAACAUCGUUCAUGAAGGCGAACGGCUCGCUUCCGACGUCAAGUACAUCAUGCGUACCGAAGUCAUGUACCGUCGCCAACCCAAGAACUGGGGCUGA